AUGCCUGCCAGCUGCGGCUCACCUCAGCCCACUGGCCGCGCCGAAGACAAGCCUGCCGACCGCUCCGAAGACCCAGCGCAUUGGCCACGCCGUUGUCCUGCCCGCCAGCCGCACCCGCAUAUGGCAAGCCCACCGGACAUUAAUGUGGUAAGCCCGCCAGCCGGGGCUAUUUCCAGCCCGCUGACCAGGCCGAUGGCAGGCCUGUCAGCCGGGGCUAUCUCCAGCCCGCUGUCCUCGCCGAAGACAAGCCCGCCCGACGCUCAGAACCCCUACCAGUGUAAAGCUUGCCAGCCGCGCCAAAUGCCGAAGAAGAAAGGCUUUCGUAUGCGACGCACUCCAAAGUCCAUCAAGAGUAAGAGUGAUGAUAAUGCAUGCAUAUGUUCAGAAAAAUUGCAGCUGUCUGUUGUUGCUGGAACUGAUGUUCGAGCUGCACCAUUGAAUUGUGAUGUGAAUGCAUUGAUUGCAUGUAGUGUUGUAGCAGCAAUCAAACAUGUCAUUGCUCCUGUAUGUACAUGGGUACACACCGAUGUUGAUGACAUAUGUGUGGAAGGGAGUAAGCUAGCCACAUAUGUAGGUGAGGCAAGCCAGAAAAGAGACCGUAAAAAGGAGUUGUGUAAGUUGAUUGAAGAGCACAAUGUGUUUGGAAAGAAAUGGAAUGUAGAAAUAGGUCUGCCAGUGUACAGAGAUUUUGGAUCCUUAGAAGAGGAGAGUGUAAUGUAUGAAAAGCUGCAAGAAUAUUUGUUGAGAGAUGGAAUGUGUCUGAUAAACCUUCACAGCGCAGUUAGUGCCAUCAUUCAUCACAAAGAUUAUUUUGUGGUGGUUGAUUGUGCCACUCGUGAUGUGUUUGGGAUGGCAUCUGCUAUUGGCACAUCUGUGGCUGUUUUUAACACGUGCUUAAAUGAUCUGAUGGUUCAUAUCAGGAAUCUAAAGAACUCUUUAGAUGCACAGUGGUAUGCCGUUAGUAGCAUUUCUGUGAAGAUGGGUCAAGAAGAUUCUGAGCUGCAGAGUGGUAAAGUGUUUACAGAGAAUUAUGUUGACAUCGAAGGUGCUGCUGAGUUUGAUAGCAGUUUUUUCAGGCUUAAAAGUAACAAUGUUGCUGCUGAGGUUGAGGAAAGUUCUGUCAGGUUUGAAAGUAGCAGAAGUGGCACAGAAGUUUCAGCUAACAUUGAGAAAAGCACUUCUGUCAGACUUAAAAACAGUAUAAGAGGAUCAUUUCAUCAGGGGAAUGAGCAGUUUCAAUAUGGAGGACUUCAGUGUAUGGCAAUAGCUUUGGUAAGUCUAGCAAAACAUAAAGUUCAUAGUGUCUUUUCAUGGCAGACGAAAGAUGUUGACAAAGUUGUAGUUUUAGGUGAUGAGUUGUACACAGCUUUGCGAGACACCAAUAGGAUUAGCCAGCGGUCCGAUAUGUUGUGUGUUCAUGAUUUACCAAAAGAGACCGUUAUUGAUGGAGAGAAUUUUUUGUUUCAAUAUAGUGACUUUGUCAGUGGUGAUGUAAAUGUUGUUGAAGGUGAAUUUAUUGAGAGUGGUGCCUGCAGCAGUUUAUCAGUUGGACUGGAAAAGGUUUUUGCACAGUAUGACACAUGUCUUUUGACAGUGUGUAGCAAUACGUGUGCAAUCAUCUCUCAAAACGGACAGUAUGCAUUGGUUGACUCUCAUGCACGAAGUGCUCUUGGCAUGAUUGAUGAAAGUGGAAGCAGUGUUGUUGUAUAUUUUUCUUCUCUUAAAGAUUUGUACAAUCACAUUUGCCAUUUAUCUACAGGGCUCAGUGAGCAACCUUUUGAAAUAGCUGGUAUCUGUGUCACUGUGAAAUCCAGUCAAUUGCGAAUCAUUUCAGCAAUGACAUAUAAACCAAGUGAUGACGUUUGUUUGGGCCAUUCACAAAGGCUUUUACAAAUUCAGCAUGUAAGUAGGUCUUGUGAAAGAGCAACUGUGAGUUGUAAAAGCCCUAACAUGCCUUUUGCCACCAAUGACUUGGCUUUGGAGAAUGGUUCUUUUUCACAGCCAGAUGUAUCAAAAAUUUAA